AUGAAGAAUCUUAUCUACUUGAUUAAUAACUUUCUCCAUCUUUUAGUUACAUAUAAAAUGUCUAAAUAUGAUGGAUUAUACUAUGAACAUGUUAUGAAUGAUGGCACGAUAAGUGGUAAUACAGUCUCAUAUAAAUUACCGAGAGACUUCAUUGAAUAUCCUGCGUCAAAAGCUCUUGAGAUAAGAAAGAUAAGUCUUGAGCAUCCAGACUUUGAGUUUCUUGCUAUUCCAUUAGAAAUGACAGAUUCAUCAAAAUCAGUGAAAAAAAGGUUUGACAUGAGAUAUUACAUAAAACCCAACAUGACUACACAGGAGUUGAAUGAAGGUCUUAUGGAAAAAAUGACUGAGGCAAGUAGAGAAUUUGUUGAUUGUUACUAUGAUUCAAAUGAAAAUAAAUUGAAUGUAUUAAGAAAAGGUACAUCACCAAUCAUAACAUUACCUUCAUACAGUAGUAUAGAAAAAAAUGCCUUGAAUUAUAAAUAUGACAUGUCCCUAGGAGAUGUGUUGGAUUUCAUCACUGCGUUAUUAGAAACCACUGAAACAGACACAACAUCAAGAAAACCAGAGCUUGUUUGGGAAGAUGACCAUGGUAGAACAUUCACGCAAAAAGUAAUUCCAUCGAAAGCAAAAUUUUUAGACUUAUGGGAAAAAAAAUAUAUCUCGCGAAUGCAUGUAUAUUAUAGUUUUACCAUAGCAGAUUUCACUGACGAAAAUGAUAAAGAUAAAAAAACAUAUAAGUACUUUGAUGAGCUUUUCAUAACUAUAGCGAAUAUCAGGUUUAUCCUUGAGCGAAAGGGCAAACCAACAUAUAAAUUUGUCG